AUGAGAUGCGACCACUGCAAAUUUUUUGGCCAUGACCUUGCCACGUGCCCAAUUCACACAACUAGUACUCCAACCCCAAAGCCGACAAUGCCCACACUAAAAGAGGUUGAUAAUGAAGGAUUCCAAACGGUCAAGAGGACAACUAGAUCAGUUCCAAUCCCAAAAAAGAAGAUUCCCAUUGACAACCGUAAAGGAAAAGGCCCUGCUUUACAGAUUUCUCAAGUUUAUAAACAUGUCAACCGAGCAAAGCCAAAGGAAAAAGUCUCCACUAAUAUGUUCGAUGCUCUAUCUCAUCAAAGAGUAGUUGAUAUUGAAGACGAUUCGCAUGUCCCUCCUGUUAUGCAGUCGAAAGAAACCGUCCCAGAUUCAGGCACACUUCCGAGCUCUUCUCAUGGUGGUCGUAUCUCCUCCCUAAUUGACCAGGGAUGA